CCGCUUCUCCUUCUUCCAUCUUGUCUCCUCGCAGCGACUCUAUAUAUACAAUUUGGGAGAUAAAUGGCAAAGAUUUUUCUUAGAUAUCCCGCUUGAGUAGGGUUUUGGCCGCGCGUGAGGAGGGUCAGCUUCUGCGAGCUUUACGAAGAGAAGGGCGUCUCCUCUCUCCACCGCCGCAAUCACAAGCUCUCUCGAAAGGGAAAAUGGAUGAGAACAUGAAGCAAUUCCAGCAAAGCUUGAUUGAGCUUGAAACUGAAGCCGAGCAUCUGCUAUUAGCCCGCCAUGAGCUGGUUGAAAAUGAUAAAAUGAGGAAUGGGAAUAGGGAGGCACUUACUGCACUGAGGAAGAGGGCACGAACAACAAAAACUAGUGUUCCAUCCCCUUUUGAGUCAAUAAUGAAGGACAUUGGGGGGCCUGGAUCCAGACCAUUGGUGAAGGAGGUUUGUGCAACCUGUGGCAACCAUGACUCAAACGAGCCCACAUGGAUGAUGUUCCCUGGAACUGAUAUCUUUGGAAAGAUCCCAUUUCAUGCUGCCCACACUAUUUUGGAGACAGAUCAAGCACGGCUUGAUUAUGAAGCAAAGAAACUGCAAAGCAAUGUUAAAGAGAAGUCAUUCUUGAUAUCAGAAAAAGGAGUUCUUGCCGAUAAGAUCAGUCCAGGUGUCCUCAGAUCCUUAGUAACCUUGUCUGACAAGCCGAGUUUCCAUCUCCUUUGUCACAGUGACAAUUCAUGACUGCAAAUAAUGGUUUUUGGUUCCUUCCUUUAAUUAUUUUGCUUUCACCUCAAGAAGAAUAUCAUGAUAGGAAGGUCUAGAUUCAGGGACCAUUUCAAUUUUUACUUUCAAUGAGCUGUGGAAGUUAUGUGGGGACUGUUUAACUAGUUGAAUGGCAUGUAACAUCCUUGUUUUCUUGCUUUCACGUGGUCCUGUUCAUCUUGUAGUCAUGUGGUCCUCUUCAAUUCUUCUCACCCCAAAACUGACCAGCAAAAAAGAAAAGAUAGAAUAGGUUUUGUUGCCCUGAGCUGGCAAAGAUGGAAUCAGAAAAUCUGCUACUAGUAAAAAAGUCUCAUUGCAUUAUCCAGGAUGGAACUUUUAAGAUUGUUCAGACAUUGUUCUGGUAUGCUAGUCUCUCUUCAGUAGUUGCAAAUUGAAUUAAAUCAUAAAUUGAUUACCCUCUUAUAUGACUGCAUCAUAGACUCACUUCUCCACUGGUGCCAUUAAUAUAGAUAGCAAUCUUGGUUUAUGAAUUGAUUUACCAGUAUACCUGUUUCCAUUGCAGAGAGUGAGCAGCCUACAAAACCUUUGCAAAUGGUGUGGAUGCCCUCAAGUAGCUCAAAAAAAUCUCUUGUAUGGAGCAAAGCACCUGGAUCACUGCCAAUGGACAUUCUUCGGAUGAAAGCAGAGGUUGAAAUUUUAGUUCUCAUUAUCGAUAUCAUCAUAGCAGUAGAUUGUCUUACAAGGCAUCUUUCACCUCUACGGACAUGAUAGACAUCUUGAAUUGUCUGGUAUUAUUCACUAGUACAACUGAGGAAAUUACUUCUGAUUCGAUCAAAGUAUACAGGCUCAAGUUCCUCCUGCACUCUUUAAUGUUACUAUGAAUAAUGAUUCAAAGCAAUAUAUAUAUCAUACUGAUUCACACGUGAAUGAUUCACUGAAAAAAAAACAGGCUCAUGGGUG